GAGUGCUGGAGCAGUUCCGGUUCGAUAGUGGAAGGUUGUUGACGUUGGGAGCUGCUGCUCGGGCACUGCGUACAGCUUCAACAUGGGGAAAUCGUUCGCUAACUUCAUGUGCAAGAAGGAUUUCCAUCCGGCAUCCAAGUCUAACAUCAAAAAAGUAUGGAUGGCUGAACAGAAAAUAUCCUAUGAUAAGAAGAAACAAGAAGAAUUAAUGCAACAAUACCUUAAGGAACAAGAAUCAUAUGAUAAUAGGUUGCUUAUGGGUGAUGAACGUGUAAAGAAUGGCCUUAAUUUUAUGUAUGAGGCCCCACCAGGAGCUAAAAAAGAAAACAAAGAGCAAGAAGAUGCAAAAGGAGAGACUGAAUACAAAUUUGAAUGGCAGAAAGGAGCCCCACGAGAAAAAUAUGCAAAGGAUGACAUGAAUAUCAGAGACCAGCCAUUUGGUAUUCAGGUUCGGAAUGUAAGGUGCAUUAAAUGCCACAAAUGGGGUCAUGUCAACACUGAUAGAGAAUGUCCUCUAUUUGGUCUUUCUGGAAUCAAUGCAAGUUCAGUUUCCAGUGAUGGCUCAGGGCCAUCAAUGCACCCCUCGGAGCUAAUAGCGGAGAUGAGAAACAGUGGGUUUGCACUAAAACGAAAUGUACUGGGGAGAAACUUGACCGCAAAUGAUCCAUCACAGGAAUAUGUUGCAAGUGAGGGUGAAGAAGACCCAGAAGUUGAAUUCUUAAAAUCACUAUCAACUAAACAAAAACAGAAACUGCUCAGGAAAUUAGAUCGCCUUGAGAAGAAAAAGAAGAAAAAGAAAAAAUAUAGAAAGAAGCAGCUGUUGCAAAAGAAGAAAAGCAGAAGUAAACACAAAAAACAUAAAAACAAGUCCUCCUCCUCCUCUACUUCUUCCACCUCCUCUUCUUCCUCCUCUUCCUCCUCUUCCUCUUCUUCCUCUUCUUCCUCCUCUUCCUCUUCCUCCUCCAGUGAAACUUCAGAAAGCAGCAGUGAGAGUGAGAGUGACAGCAAAGAGAGAAAAACACGAAAGAAGAUGGCUUCUAAGAAGAAGAAAAAAGCCAAGUUUUCAGAAGAUGACAGCAGUGAUUCUGAAGAGAGGGGGGUGAAGUCUGUGAAGGCCAAACAUCAUGAAGAGCCCUCCAGUAGUCAUGGUCACAAGGCAAAGGCAAGGGAGAAGUUGAGGUUUUCAAAGCAAGAUAUUUCUGGGGAGAAUAACAAAUGGAGCUACUGUGAUUCUGAAAGAAAGUCCAAAAGACAGAGCCACAGCCCAGGCAAGAGGGAAUCUGUGAGAAAGGAGAGAAAUACUGGGAGCCAAAGCAGGGAAGACAGAGACCUAAGAACCUCCAGCAGAAGUCACAGCAGUUCAAGGCCAAGACAGAAGAGAAAGAGAGCAAGCCAGAGCCCCAGUGAAGAGCAGAGCAGAAAGAGGGAGUCCAAAGGCUCCAGCAGAUGUAUGCAUAGAGGUGAAAAGAAACACAGAGCGGACUCAAGGGAUGAGUUUGGAAGGGUGACACACAGAGAACGAAGCAGAAGUAGAGACUGAAUAAAGAGAGAGUGUCUGUGACAGGUACUUGGAAAUAGAAAUAGCUCCACUUUUUUAUUGACUACCUCCCCCAAGGGCUAAAUUAUGUACUAUUGUCUUUCUAAUAAAAAGCUCUAUUUUCAUUUUCCACUCCUGUAAACUGUCAUUUCAUGCACAAAACUCCAUCAGUACCAUGAGAAUAAAUCUUGUGAAUAUUUGUAA